AUGUUUCUUUAUUUUGUUUUUCUCAGUCUUUCCUCUUCUUUUUUCUUUCUUCCUCUCCUUCUUUCUUUUCUUUCUUUCUUUCUUUCUUUCUUUCUUUCUUUCUUUCUUCUUCUUCUUUCUUUCUUCUUCCUCCCCCGCCAUUUUUCCUUGCAAUCCAAAAUACAGUUACGACAUUUGGUUUUCUUUCCUCCUCUUUUGUCUUUCCUCUCCUUUUUUUCUUUCUUUUUCUUCUUUUUUUUUCUUUCUUUAUGUAUUGUCCUUAUCUAUCUAUCUAUCUAUCUAUCUAUCUAUCUAUCUAGAUUUGUCUAUCUAUCUAUCUAUCUAUCUAUCUAUCUAUCUAUCUAUCUAUCUAUGUCUAUUCAUAUCUAUCUAUCUAAUCUAUGUCAGUCUCUUGCUUUUGUUAUCUAUCUAUCUAUCUAUCUAUCUAUCUAUCUAUCUAUCUAUCUAUGUUCAUAUCUAUCUAUAUAUCUAUCUAAUCUAUCUCAGUAUCUUGCUUUAUCUAACUAUCUAUUCAUAUCUAUCUAUCUAUCUAUCUAUCUAUCUAUCUAUGUCUGUUCAUUAUCUAUCUAUCUUAGUCUCUUGCUUUUCUAUCUAUCUAUCUUUCUAUCUAUCUAUCUCUUUUUAUCUGACUAUAUAUUUAUCUCAGCUCUUGUUAUCGAUCUAUCAAUUGAUGUCGUCUGUUGUUAUCUAUCUAUCUAUCUAUCUAUCUAUCUAUCUAUCUAUCUAUCUAUAUAUCUCUCUCUCUCUCUCUCUCUCUCUCUCUCUCUCUCUCCUCUCCAGCUAUCUAUCUAUCUUUUUUCGCACUCCUCUCUCAUAUGUUAUUGCAUAUCGUUUAAUGUUAUUUAUUCAUCUAAAUAUUUGAGUCCCACAAUAUUUCAAAAAUCUCUUAUUAUCUAUCUAUCUAUCUAUCUAUCUAUCUAUCUAUCUAUCUAUCUAUCUAUUAUUAUUAUUAUUACUAUUAUUUUCUGUCUAUAUCGUCAGUUAUCUAUCUAUCAACUUAAUUAUCUAUCUAUCUAUCAACUUAAUUAUCUAUCUAUCUAUCUAUCUAUCUAUCUAUCUAUUGAGAAAACAAAUUUUAGUUUGUUAAUGUUUAUUGCUUUUUCUUUCCCGGAUAAUCGCCCACGGCUUCCAAUCGUCACUGUUUUCUUUCUGAUCCGCCAAAGUUUUCCCAGGAGUUUUCUAGAAAUAGGAAAAUUAGUUGCUUUCUCCAUCAGCGGAAAUCAAUCUCAGCGCCUUUAA